UUCCGGUUGUUUAUGGUAUUUGUCUCACUUGUCAUUGUGCAUUUAAAGCAAACAACAGUUUCUAAGAGCAGAAAAGCUUCCCCAUCAAAAUGGCUCCCAAAAAACAAAAGACUUCAGAAAACAAGAAAGACGACAUCAGACGCUACUUUGGGAAGGAAAAUGAUGUUGCUGGCAGUCCCUUCAAAACGCCAAGAAAAAAUCUACAAACUGGUGGAAAGUCCCAGACUCCUACACAAACACCCAUGAGAGUGAAGAACGAGAAUGGAAGUGAUUCUGUGGUUACACAUUCCCAUCGUUUCAUUGUAAAAUUCACUCCAACAGAACGUAAAGAGUACACAAUCGACUGUGAUCAACCGUCUACAGUCCUGGACGCAAUUAGAUCCAGUCUUGGCACAACUGAGAAGAUGAUAAAGUAUCCAGAUGAGAGCAUCAUCAUUCAGUUGGGUAAACGGGACAGGGAAUCUGUGGUUCCAACACAUUUCCCCUGUUCUUGUAUUGGUGAUGGGGAGACAGUGAUUUUAUAUCACUAUGCAUCAGAAAAGAUUGAAAAAGUUCAGGAGCAGCAUGACAAAACCAUACAUCCAAAAGACCAUUAUUCGGUCUUCUACAUUGAUACCGUUGGGGGUCUGAAAACCAAAACCAAGGAGUUGUUCAGAAACAAAAUCCUCAAACAGUUCAAGUUUCUCUGUGUUUAUGGGGUAAAGGGGAUGACAGUGGAGGAGGCUCUGAAGCAAGAUGGCCGAUUCCUUGACAGUCUUGGAGAAUUCAAGUUGUCUGAUAACGAGAACCCCAACCGCCUCACUGUGCGCACACAAAGGGUCGACAGCCUCCACCAAAAGGCGUUCAAGAUACGUCUUCCACUGAAUAAACGGGAAGGUGUUGAAAACCCAACAACCUCCAUCCUGGAUGUUGCUCGUGUCAGUGGGCGAAGUGUUAAAAAAGCAAUGGAACAGCCAGGUGACAGCGGCUGCUCCACUGAAGAGAUUUAUGAACUUCUGCGUAAGCAGUUUCCAGAGCUGAAAGAAUGGAUGGAGAGCAGGUUCCCUGGUGAUUCUUAUGAGAAAGCUCUGAACCGCGGGAGUGAGAAGUUUGGAAAGAUCCAGCAGUCUUUCAGUGAAGUUCAUAGGAUUAAGAAGUUGCUUGUCAUGGGAAAAUCGGUCUGUAAAAUUAAUGUGUACGAUAUUUGUGAGGGAACAGGCUUUGUGCUGUUUGACAGGUUUGUCCUGACCAAUGCACACCUGUUUAGAGGGUGUGUCCAAGGAAAGAACCUGCUGGAUCAAAUAAACGUCUAUGCUCUGUUUAACUACGACGAACCUGUGCCAGAGACAAAUUACUUUUACUUCUCUGCUGAGAAAACACUUAUUGACAUUGACAUGGAGCUGGAUUUUGCUGUACUUCAGCUGAAACCCGAUGGUAAAAAACCCAACUCCAAAUCCAAACCAGACAAUGUGAAAGUACCUCCAGGGCUGCUGGACAGAUUUGGUCCACUUCCUAGAAAUGGAGAGGCCUGUCUUAUUGGACACCCUGCAGGAAGUGUGAAGAAAAUUGAUCCUACAUGCAUCAUUGAGCCAGAAAAGAGAGAACAGGCUGUCAUGGAUCAUUUAUCCAAAUACAAAGUUAAAAAGGUCAUCCUCAAAAAAGUAAAUGAGCUCAAGGACCAAGGCAUUGAUGAUAUAAUGAUGGGUGGAGAAAAAGCAGAAAAGGUGGCUGCUUACAACACUUUCAUGUAUCACGGAGCUUCUGGUUCUCCAGUGUUUGAUGCUCAUGGUCAGAUAUUUGGGAUUCACACAGGAGGAUAUGGUAUGAGCGACCGCGUUAUUGAGUACGCCCAUCCUCUGCUCACUAUAUUUGAAAAGUUUGUGAUUAAUCUGAUAGAAAGUGGAAAUGAUCAGAUGUUGGAGAAGGUUAAGGAGGCAGCGACCGAGAACGAAUACCUUAAAAAGAUCCUCCAGGUUGAGCCGAUGGAGGUAGAUUAGACCAACUAGAAAUGAUACAGUUCAGGUUAAAUGUUUCUGACCAACAUAUUUAACUUUCUCAAGGUUCAGAAAUUUAAUUGCUAGACCUGAUAAAUUCCUGCAGUCACAGAAGACAAUGACUAGGCUGCCAGUCCGUUUCAGAAAAAACAACCAUUUACACAUCUUGGAUAUGAAGAUGCGACUCCUAUCCAAACCUUCAUUAUCAGAAAGAAACCUAAAAAUAUGUGGACAGACCAUCCAGCUCCAUGUAGAAAUGUCCAGUAAAGAUUUGAGUCCAUGACCUGGACAAAGUUAUUGGGUAUAUUUUCUUACCUCCUGGGCCACUAACAGAGAUUCUUCACAAGAAACAACAAAUCAGUUAAAGAUUAUCUGCUCCUCCAUCCGUAACUCAGUCUCUGAGGUGCCUAUCUACGCCGGUCAUUGGGUGAGAGGCGGGUACACCUUGGACAGGUCUCUGUCCACAUUAGAGACCCCUGACCUCUUAUUUGUUGCCUUUUGCACAGCAGGUCGUUGGGUCUCUAACAGGUUCUUAAAUUGGUUUAAUUGGUCCUGAACAAAAAGAAAAUUAACUCACUAAACAGCAGAUAUGAAUUCAUGAUCUACAAACUUUCUGUUUUCCUCUUGUCUUGCUGCUGCUGCUGCCCAAUAAUUUCCCAGUUUCAAUGUCAAUAAAGUACAUUAUCUUCUGUUUUCCUUUGACUGCUGAAGGCCAAAGAUUAAACCUGCAUCUGUCUUUUCUCUGGCCAAACUUUAAUGAUUAUUGUUAACUUGAUCAAUAUAUUGCUAGUUGAUUGAAUAAGGGUUAUUGGGGUUCAGGUGGCUGGUGCCAGUCUCCAGCGGUCAUUGGGUGAGAUGGGUUUAGUGGUGUUUUCUGUGCUUUUUUCUGUGGUUUUAUUGUUUUCCUUUGUUUAAUCAUCUCAUCUAUUGUCUACAUUCAGUCCUUAGUUGUAAUCAUUGCAUUGAACACAACCAGCUGAAGUUAGACAUAAUCUGCAAACUUCACACCUGAUCAAAGUGUUUCAAAUCUCAUCCAGAUUAUGUUCUCAGUGGUAGAAAUUACUUCAUUUAUUCCCAACCAUGUAUUUUUCUUCAGUGAUUUAAUGAAAUGUAAUCAGUUAUCAUAUAUCUCCACUACUGUUGCAGAGCUCAUGUAAUUCUGAUUGUUCUUUGUUUUUCCAUAUUCAGAUCAUUCUAAACCCUCUGUAACCCAUUCAUUUUCAUUAUUUUUGGAUUUACAUGUUACUGUUCUGUCAUUUAAAUGUAAUUUUCUCUUUAUUCAACAAAUAAAUAUGAAACCUGUCAGUUUACUGACGGCUUCUAAUCAAA